AUGCCCACCUCUGCCAAGAUUGUGUCUCUGCUUCAAGAACUGCCAGAAGAGAAGCUUGCCAAGAUUGUCGACUGUCUUGAAGUUGACUAUUUUGAAAAGGGAGAGUACAUUAUUCGUGAAGGUGAAGAUGGGAACACGUUCUUUAUCAUAGCAAAGGGAGAAGUGAUUGUGACAAAAACCACCGAAGGUUUUGCUGAGCCUCAGCAAAUCAAGACCCUGGGAAUUGGGGACUACUUUGGUGAGAAAGCUCUCAUCAGUGAAGAUCUCCGCUCGGCCAACAUCAUCUGCAAUGAGAAUGACACACAAUGUCUGGUGGUGGACAGAGACAACUUUAACCAGAUGGUGGGAACCUAUGAGGAACUUCAGGUUUACCUGAAGGAAUAUGUAGAAGAACUUUCCAGGAGUGAUGAAAGAAGGAAUGCCAUGCCGCAUUCACCACAGAUUGAUUCUACAGAAGCCCAAGAGCUGAGAAGGUUGAAGGAGAGGAUUGUCCAUUUACCACAUAAUCAGCCUUUCCAACAGUUGGAGGUGAUUGCGACACUGGGCAUGGGAGGAUUUGGACGAGUGGAGCUGGUGAAGCUGAAAGGCGAGGACACAACGUUUGCUCUGAAAUGCAUCAAGAAGAUGCAUGUUGUCGACACCAGACAGCAGGAACACGUUUAUUCUGAGAAGAACAUCCUUCAGCAAACCAACUCGGCAUUCAUCAUCAGGUUAUUUCGGACGUUUCGUGACAAUAAACAUAUCUACAUGCUGUUGGAGGUGUGUCUUGGUGGAGAGCUGUGGACGGUGCUGCGUGACAUGAAUUAUUUUGAUGACCCCACGGCCAGAUUUUGCAUAGGUUGCGUCUUAGAGGCUUUUGAUUAUCUUCACACCAUGGGUAUCAUAUAUCGAGACCUCAAGCCUGAAAACCUUCUACUUGAUGCAAAAGGUUAUGUUAAAAUGGCAGACUUCGGUUUUGCAAAAAAGAUUGGUCUUGGAAAGAAGACUUGGACUUUCUGUGGGACCCCAGAGUAUGUGGCACCAGAGGUCAUAAUGAACAAAGGCCAUGACUUUGGAGCUGACUGCUGGUCUUUAGGAAUCCUCAUAUAUGAACUUCUAACUGGCAAUCCCCCAUUUGCUGGAUCAGACCCCAUAAAGAUCUACACAAUGGUCCUCCAUGGCAUUGAGAAGGUUGACUUCCCAAAGAGAAUAGGCAAGCGUCCAGAAGACCUCAUCAGGAGACUCUGCAAGUUAAACCCAGUUGAAAGGGUGGGGAACAAAAAGAAUGGGAUCAUUGACAUCAAGAAACACAAAUGGUUCCAGGGCUUCAAUUGGCAGGGACUGAAGCGUCACAAGCUCCUGUCUCCUCUGAAGAGAGAGCUGAAUGGCCCAAUGGAUCACAGUCACUUUGACAUCUUUCCUCCUGACGCAGAAAUGACACCCGAUGAGACUUCUGGCUGGGAUAAAGACUUCUAAUUUCUCACACAAAAUGUGCUCCAAUGUCUCCUCAUACACCAAAUGAUGAUGCGGCAUCAUCUGUUUAUAAUCCUGCUAGGCCCAGCAGGAAUCCACGAUCGUGGAUUUGCCGCAGAUUUGAAAGCGCUCUGCGGAAUUGAAAGCAGUCCGAGGAAAUAAGGAUGAGGUGCAGAGUAUGACAUUUAAAUGUAGCUUUCAUUGCGGCCGCAAAAUGUCGCGGUCAGACAGGCUACGUUCACACUGCAGGGUGUGAUGCCCAAUUCUUUUUUUUGGGGGGUGUGGUGGUAAAUCCGCCGUUUUGGUGUUCUGUUCGUGUAACAAAACUACAGAAGCGUGGGGUUGCCAAACUGGAGUGAAAAUAUUUUGACCAGCAAAUAUGUUC